AUGGCUACCCCUAGUGUCCUAGCUUUUGACGCUGAGGGUCGCGCCAUUGAUUUUGAGGUCUGGUUAGACGACCUGCAGCUGUUCUUACAGUGCGACAGAGCAGACGGCCUUUCUCUCUUUGACCUCACCUCUGGCGCCUCUCCUGCUCCUGCUGCUGAUGCUGAUCCCACUGUCCGCUCUCAGUGGGCCACCCGCGAUGCUGCUGCACGUCUUGCUGUGCGUCGCCACCUCCCUACCUCUGAGCGUGCGCACUUUAGUCAGUACAAGAGUGCUCAGACCUUGUACGACGCUGUAGUUGCGCGCUACUCCUCCCCUGCCACUGCUGCACUGAGCCUCGCGCGCCUCCCUGACUCCCUUCGCGUAGUCAGGGACCACUUUCUCGCAGUCUGUCCCACCACCCUCACCGUCGACCUCCUCGAGAAGGCCCUCCUCGCAGCAGAGAAGAGCAUAGUCGCUGUAGGUGCUUCUCGUGGUGACCCUCGCACCCCCAUCUUUGAGGGGUGCUCUCCUUCCCCCUUGCUGCCCUCUGUUGCCUCUGCUGCUGCUGCCGACCUGCUUGGUCUUGAGUCGGUCGGCGCGGCGUCUGCCCCUAGUGGGAGACGUCGCUCUAGCAAGGGCAAGGGGGGCAAGGGCGCGGGGGGAGCUGGAGGGGGCGGUGGCGGUGGCGGCGGAGGCGGCGGAGGGAGUGGGGGUGGCGGCGGGAGUAGUGGCGGGGGUGGUGGUGGUGGUGGCAGCAGCGGCGGAGACGGUGGUGGUGGUGGCAGCGGUGGUGGAGGUGGCAGCGGCGGAGGUGGAGGCGGCGGAGGUGGAGGCGGUGGAGGCGGCAGCGGAGGAGGCGGUGGUGGUGGAGGGGGCGGAGCUGGUCGGGGUGGUACCCACCAGCGUAGCGGCGGUGGUGGUGGCCAGCGCUCGCAGCGGCAGCAGCAGCAGCGCUCGCGGGACAUCCCUCCGCCUCAGCAGCUUCGUGAGUGGUACACUGGGCAUCAGAGGGGUGGGGGUACUGGUCCCUGCACCUACGUUCUUCGUUCCGGCGACCGCGCGGGUGAGCAGUGUGGGGGUGCCCACUCCACUCAGCGCUGCUUUGGCCGCCUGACGGACGCUUGGCGUCAGCAGUUCCCCGGGGCUAGUGAGAUCCCUGGCUGGGAUGAGCUUCUUAGGGCUGGUGUAGCGAUCUUUGAUCUUGAUUUUGAUGCUAUCCUUGCCGCUAUGUAUGCUGUGACUAUUAGUGAGGAGAAUGAGGGCUACCGGUGUUUCCAGCCCGACCCGGGCAUUGGUACUGCUGCGCUAGGUGCUUGUGAGGCUGCUGCUCUAGGUGCCAGUGCGUCUGCGCUCUCAGGUACUGGUGAGACUGCGCUCUCAGGUACUGCGUCGCCCUCCUCCUCCCUCACUUUCACACUUGACUCCGGGGCUUCUCGCUCCUUCUUUCGAGACCGCACCACUCUCACGCCGCUUGGUCGGCCGGUUGCCGUCUCCCUGGCUGACCCCUCUGGGGGUCCUGUCCUCUCUCACUUCUCCACUGUCCUCCCGUGUCCGGCUGCCCCUUCGGGCACCCUGUCUGGACUGUACCUUCCCUCGUUCUCUACGAACUUGGUGAGUGGUGUGGACCUGCAGGAUGCGGGGGUUCACCAGUUCACUCCUGCGAGUCAACGGGUGACCCACUGCACGGACGCACGCACAGGCCGGCACCUGGCCACGUUCUCACGUCGGCCGGGGUCGAGCCUCUACACCCUGACCACUGCGUCUCCUCCUAUCCCUGCGUCUGGUCAGGUAGCUGCGUCAGGUCAGGUGCUUGCUGCUGCGUCCCGGUCAAGUCCUGAGUCUGCCCCCUGUUCUUGUCGCCUCCUGUCUCACGAGACUCUCCUGUGGCACCACCAUCUUGGCCACCCGUCCUUGCCCCGUCUUCGGAGCAUGGCUUCCCGUGUCCUUGUCUCUGGUCUGCCCCGGUCUCUCCCUCCCCUUCCCUCCGGGCCAGGACCUUCCUGUGUCCCCUGUGUCGAGGGUCGCCUCCGGGCUACUCCUCUCUCCUCCCAGUUCCCCCCGACAGAGGCUCCUCUGCAGACGCUUCACAUGGAUGUGUGGGGCCCAGCCCCCGUCCGUGGGCAGGGUCACGAGCGCUACUUCCUGUUGGUGGUUGACGACUACUCGCGGUACACCACAGUCCUCCCCUUGCGCAGCAAGGGUGCUGUCACUGAGGUGCUGAUCGACUGGAUCAGCGCUGCUCGUCUCCAGCUCAGGCAGAGCUUUGGCUCGGACUUUCCUGUUCUGCGUCUGCACUCGGACAGAGGCGGAGAGUUCUCCUCUCGCCUUCUGCGAGACUACUGUCGUGCACGGGGGAUCCGCCAGACCUUCACGCUUCCGGACUCUCCACAGCAAAAUGGGAUUGCUGAGCGCCGCAUUGGCAUGGUCAUGGAUGUCGCUCGUACGUCCAUGAUGCAUGCGGCUGCCCCCCAUUUUAUGUGGCCGUUUGCGGUGCGGUAUGCGGCGCAUCAGCUCAACCUUCACCCCAGGGUCUCUCGGCCCGCGAUGUCCCCAGUCUUACUGUGGACGGGGAAGGUUGGCGAUGCGUCGGUGUUCCGUGUCUGGGGAUCUCGGGCGUUUGUCCGCGACUUGUCAGCGGACAAGCUGUCCCCUCGUGCUGCUCCCUGUGUCUUCCUUGGCUUCCCCACUGACGCUCCAGGGUGGCAGUUUUACCACCCCUCCUCUCGUCGUGUUCUGUCCUCCCAGGACGUCACGUUCGACUAG